UGCUUCCUAUGCUGACAGUUCUACUAAAGGAUGGAUGUGCUAGGACCAAACCUGGUGGAGAUGCUCAGACACUCCUUAUUUAUCUCCUACACUUAGAAAACCUGCCCAUCAACUGUUCCUAAAAAUAAUGUCCUAAGAGAUUGGGACAGUGUGUUAAAAAUGUAAAGACAAAAAAGAUGAAUUUCUUAAAGAUCUAACUUAAGGCAGGUAAAAGAUGUGUAUUUUCAGACCAAAUGGAGAAAAAACUCAGGAAUCUGAAAGCCAAGAUAUGCUGGUGAAUGGGCAAUUCUGGGAUCAAAUCCCACUUCUGGGACUUCAAAAGUGAAGGAAUGGCCAUGACUGAAGGCCUUCAGGUCACAGUGCCUGACAAGAAGAAGGUAGCCAUGCUCUUCCAGCCCACUGUGCUUCGCUGCCACUUCUCCACAUCUUCCCAUCAGCCUGCUGUUGUGCAGUGGAAGUUCAAGUCCUACUGUCAGGAUCGCAUGGGGGAAUCUUUGGGCAUGUCGUCUCCCCGGGCCCAGUCUCUCAGCAAAAGAAACCUGGAAUGGGACCCCUACUUGGACUGUUUAGACAGCCGGAGGACUGUUCGAGUGGUAGCUUCCAAACAGGGCUCGGCUGUGACCCUGGGAGAUUUCUACAGGGGCAGAGAGAUCACGAUUGUUCAUGAUGCGGAUCUUCAAAUUGGAAAACUCAUGUGGGGAGACAGCGGACUCUAUUACUGUAUCAUCACCACCCCUGAUGACCUGGAGGGCAAGAACGAGGACUCAGUGGAACUGCUGGUGUUGGGCAGAACAGGGCUGCUUGCUGAUCUCUUGCCCAGUUUUGCUGUGGAGAUUAUGCCAGAAUGGGUGUUUGUUGGCCUGGUGAUCCUGGGAGUCUUCCUCUUCUUCGUCCUGGUGGGGAUCUGCUGGUGCCAGUGCUGCCCUCACAGCUGCUGUUGCUACAUCCGCUGUCCAUGUUGCCCAGAUUCCUGCUGCUGCCCACAGGCCUUGUAUGAAGCAGGGAAAGCAGCAAAGGCCGGGUAUCCUCCCUCUGUCUCCGGUGUCCCUGGCCCUUACUCCAUCCCCUCUGUCCCCUUGGGAGGAGCCCCCUCAUCUGGCAUGCUGAUGGACAAGCCGCAUCCACCUCCCCUGGCACCAAGUGACUCCACUGGAGGAAGCCACAGUGUUCGCAAAGGUUACCGGAUCCAAGCUGACAAAGAGAGAGACUCCAUGAAGGUCCUAUACUAUGUGGAGAAGGAACUGGCUCAGUUUGACCCAGCCAGAAGGAUGAGAGGCAGAUAUAACAACACCAUCUCAGAACUCAGCUCCCUGCAUGAGGAGGACAGCAGUUUCCGCCAGUCUUACCAUCAGAUGCGAGGCAAGCAGUUCCCGGUGUCUGGGGACCUGGAGAGCAAUCCUGACUACUGGUCAGGUGUCAUGGGAGGCAGCAGUGGUGCAAGCCGGGGGCCCUCGGCCAUGGAGUAUAACAAAGAGGAUCGGGAGAGCUUCAGGCACAGCCAGCAGCGUUCCAAAUCCGAGAUGCUGUCGCGGAAGAACUUUGCCACCGGGGUGCCGGCCGUCUCCAUGGACGAGCUGGCGGCCUUCGCCGACUCCUACGGCCCGCGGGCCCGCAGGGCGGAGGGCAACAGCCACGAGACCCGGGGCGGAAGCCGCUUCGAGCGCUCGGAGACGCGGGCGCAUGGGGGCUUCUACCAGGACAGCUCCCUGGAGGAAUACUACGGCCAGCGGAGCCGCAGCCGGGAGCCUCUGACAGACGCCGACCGCGGCUGGACCUACAGCCCUCCGCGCCGGCGGCCGCCUGACGACGCACACCUGCCGCGCCUGGUGAGCCGCACGCCGGGUACCGCGCCCAAGUAUGACCACUCGUUCCGGGGCGGCGGCCUGGAGCGGCAGGCGCGGCCCGAGGGCGCCAGCCGCGGCGGCAGCCUCGAGACGCCGUCCAAGCUGAGUGCGCAGCUCGGCCCGCGCAGCGCCUCCUACUACGCCGCCUGGUCGCCGCCGUCCACCUACAAGGCGGGCUCGCCCCAGGGCGACGAGGAGGAUGCGCCCGACGACGCGCUGCCGCCCUACAGCGAGCGUGAGCUCAGCCGGGGUCCGUCCUACCGCGGCCGCGACCUGCCCUAUCACAGCAACUCCGAGAAGAAGAGGAAGAAGGAGCCCGCCAAGAAGACGAGUGACUUUCCAACCAGAAUGUCCCUCGUGGUCUGAUGUUUGUUCUCAAGACAUCUCUCUGGAUGACUGGAAAUCAGAAGCAGAACAUGGAAACAAGACACAAAUCCAAGAGCCAUCAGGCCCAGAUCUUCUCUGGCCAUCACCUUGGAAGAUUUGCUGAUUUUUGCUUUGGCAGGGGUUGGGGGGACAGCCUUUAAGGGAGGCUGAUUCCAAACCUAAGUGCCCAUCUAACAAGUUUGAGAAACGUAUCAAGAAAACAACUACAUGUGAGCACAUUCCCGCACAUGGAGUUUCUCACCCAGAGUUCAUCCUGCACAGUCUCCUUCCUUAGCCAAACCAGGAUUCCUUUUUCAGUUCUGAAUGGGAGUUAGCUCUGGACUGCUAAUCUUCAGAAAAUGCCUAUACCUACAGUCUGCUUUUCUAUACCUCCUGUGCUGUGCUGAGAGACAGAGGAAUUUAUUACUGCUGUUAGAAGGCCUUCACCGGCAAUGGAAAAUAGCUUCAGGCAAAAUAUAUGUUUUAGCCCCAUCACCUCCCAGUCACUAGUCAAUGACUGUUGUUAUACUGAAAUCAGGCGUUUAGUGAGCUCAGUGACAAUGACCUACUGGACAAUCACAGAAAUGACUUCAAUUUGCUGUUCUGAAUGACAGUUCUUGAGUGGCUGGAACAACACAAGUGCUGUCAAGGCACUGUUUCUUUUCCAUUCUGAGAACAUGAACUGCUUUUUCCCUUUGGGCACAGCAACAUCUGAGUCUGGGACAUCAAGGGCUCUCCUCGUCCUCCCCUUUCCUGGACCCUCCACAGAGCCCCGCCUCCCUCUAUGCUGUGAUUAGGUGGUUAUCAGGUGCCUUUUGACAAAUGCUUAAAAUACACCCACGAAAGAGAAGAGGGAGAAAAAAGAGGAGAAAACGGUAUUGUAAAAUGAAGAAUGAGAAAGAAUCUAGGAGGAAAAGAGUACACGUUCUCAUUAUAUUCUGAAUAUGGGCCAUUUUCCUCACAGUCUCUACUGGAUCUUCUGUGUGUUUGGUACUUCGUUUACCAUGAGUCGUCCCUGCCAUCCUAGCUUUGCCAUUCCAGGAUCCCUGAGCGUGGAACAGGCAUCCCUGGACCUCACCAGGCUGCCACUCUAGAUACUUUUGGCAGAUGAGGAAAACAGCUUUCUCAAGAAGAAGAUCUUCCUAUUCCCACUCUUGCCUAAAUGGUAGAUGUUGCCUAAAAUCCAAAGCUAGAUCCCUCUGGAUUUUUGGCAUGUGUAUAGAUUGUGAAAAAUGGCCACAAACUCUCUCCUUCUCUUCAAGAGGUGCAGUCUGUUUCUCUGCCCCUUGAAUCUGGGAUUGGCCAUGUGAUUAGAUUUGGCCAGUGACCCAUUAACAUGUGUGACACAAGCAGAGACUUGACAAAUUCUGGGGCAUGGGGCUUGUCCUCUUUUGCUGCUUUUGGGAACCCUGCAGACACCACCAGGUGAAUGAGCCUGGGUUACCCUGCUGCAUGAUGAGAGGAAAAGGCCUAGUUACCUCCAUCACCCUAUCCAGUAGCCUAUCAACUCUCAACUGAUUGCACACCCAUGAGUGAGCCCAACCAAGACCAACACAACUGCCUAGCUGAGCCCAGCCCAAAUUGCUGAUUCCUACUCAAGGCAUGAUAAGUCGGUGCCAUCUUUAAAUGUUCAUUCCUCCUCAAGGAAAAACUGACCUUUUCUUCUUGUCUGAAUGUUUGGCCCUGACUCUCUUUAACCUUAGGUGUUUCCCAGUCUCCCUUCUUUGACAGACUUUUUGUCAAGGAUUUUCAGCCCACACUGUUGUGGUGGGAUACAUGAUUGUGUCAGAUCACUGGAGGACAAUCAUGCUUGGUCUCCCUACUGCUCCACUCCCAGUAGUGGUCCGUCCUCUAUCAGUGGAUCCAUGGACAAUCUCUGAAGACAGUUUCUUCUUCAGCGUUUCCAGAACCACCUGACUGGAGCUUGGCCCUUUUCUCAGAGUACCAUUCCACUGGUAUCCACUUAAUUCAUGGUGUUGCCAAACCAGUCCUCUAUGUGCAAUGAAAUAAAGAAGUCACUGGAUGAGGGUCAGAAGGUUGAGUUGGUAUGAUUGCUUGGGGGAGAGGUGGCCUUCCAAAGGACUUCUCAGUGGCCCUGGCCUGUGUGAGAGAAACCAGGAGGACAGUUCAGCCCAGUGCUGGCACUUCCAAGGCUGGAAGACACAAGCCAUAACCCUGGUGCUGAGUUUUAGGCUUGCUGAUGUUCCUGGCCUCUGAGAGCUGAGGUCUAGUCUGUCUGUUUGGGCCCCAAUUCCCAUGGAAAAGAUGAGUAGGACAUCAUUUCUUAGUCACCAGCUUUGGAGUUCAACUUGCUCAGGCAAUUCUGGAGAAUAUUGGAUGGCUGCAGUAGCUAUUAUCUCUUCAUAUUGAGCACUGUGUCAGGCUUCUCACCACCAAAGAGCCCAUAGCACCAGCUGCGGAGACCAGAAAUACUGCCUUUAUUAGCCGGGGGCAGGUAUGCUUUUGGUGAAGGUUGAAAGGAGCCAUGAGAAAGGAUUAUUAGAAUUGGAAACCUGCAGUUCCAAAGACAGCAAAACUACAGACAGACCAUAAAAAAAUACCAAAAUGAUAACAGGCUACUGAAAUAACCUGGGGAGAUGGAACCAGGUUGUCCUCUGAAAGGCUACAUCAAUCACCCAAACUUCCAGGCCUCCAGUCAAGAGGGGAAAUAGUCCUUUCUGAGUAUGUGGACCAGAGAUAAGACUGACUGGACAAGUAAAGGGAAAGCUGGCCAUCCUUGGCACCCCACCUUUUCUCAACACAUCCUUUCAUCUCCUCUGUCCUGAAUAGCGUGUCCUGUGUAGGAAGUGCUUAUACAUAUUAGCUUCCUUCCUAGGUUUUAUUGGGGGUACAAAAUAAAGUCUUGUAUAAGACAUGGUCUCUGGCCACUGGAACUCUGCAAUUGAAUAGGGGCAAUAAGACAGGCCCAAGAAAGAAUGGGAAGAUUUUAUGCAUAUAAUAUGAAAUACCACUAUGGAUAAAUUACAACAAACCCAGAGAAUUAAAGGUUUUUUUUAAUUUAAAUGAGUAUAUUUUGA